CAUACCGCACGAAUAUGCAUAUCGUAUAUGCCAGCAAACUGCCACUUCUGCUUCUCAGGAGCUGGCUAUUACUGCUUGCAUCUCUGCUUCUCGUGCUUCUCGUGCCUCUCCAAUCUUCUUUGCGUCCGCCUGGCAGCUGGCUGAUCACUCCGGACGAUCGUUGUUGAGCAAGGCUCGGUUUACAUACAGUUCACGGUGAGCUCGACACAACUGGGGCCAGGGCGCUGCCCACGCAUAUCUUUUCCAAACGCCCACACCCAUCACUGGAUUCUGUCGAGCCAAAGCCAUGAGGAAGAAAGCGAGGACGAUGCCGUCCGUUCAGGCGGUCGAUUUCGACGCGCUCCCGUGCUCCGUCCAGAGAAAGUAUUUCUCAUCGCUAGAGCGGUUACAGAUCCAGCAGCAGUCGCUUGAAGAGGCCAGGCCGCCCAAGAGUUCUUCAGGCCCCUCGUCCUGCGCGACUUCGUUGCGAUUCCGCCCAGCACUGCCCUUGGGAUCACGACGUCGACAUCGCAACGUCGAAGCCGCCCACCAAGUCUCCCAGUCCGAGGUGGAUUUCUAUCUGUCGUUGCCUGAGAAAUUGCGGAAACAGCAUUUUUCGCGUGAGGAACAGGUGCUUUUUUUCGGAAGGCGCGAACAGGUGUUCCUUCCCCACGAUCGUUACAACGAGGGUUACCCUGACACCGAGCGAGCACGACAACGCUUCGACGACUUUCAUUUUGACUUUCACGACGAUUCCAGCACGAUUUCCACCCGACGAGGACGCCAGCGGACACGGUCUUCUUCAGCACAGUCUCUCAGCCCCAGUCAGGUGUCGCUCGAUUCUCCCACAAGAUUGUUUGAUCGACGGCAACAUCACACCACGUUAUCCACCACCACGCCGCAUUAUUACGAGAAGGAUCGAAAUAGUGAAAGUAGGCUGUUCUAUCUCAACAUGACGGGCCUCGAGUCGCAGAGCGUGCCGUCAACGCCCACGUGCAGACGGUCACGAGCAAUGUCACUCAACAUCCCCCUCAUCCACCAUUCAACAUCCUCCACAACACUCAUGCCGGACUCUCCGCUCUUCGCCCAGCGACCCAUUUCGCGCCACCAGCGAGCCCACUCCUCAGGCCUAACCGGACGGCGAUCCCCGCAAACAACCCCCAUCUUCGACCCAGAAGCCACGCACUACUCGGACCCGGAAGCGCGAAAAAAACUCCGCACCUACCUGGCCUCGCCGCAGAAAUUCGACGAAGCAAUCGAAUUCGGAUUCCCCUCGUCAGCCGGCAGCGACUCGACAACGCCGCACUACCAACUCCCGCCCGUGACCCACCACCACGCCCGCAAGUUCAGCCGCGACAUGCACUCGUUCCUGCGCAACGGCAAACUCUCCUUCCUCGAAGACCACCCCAAGCCCGACGCGGAGAACCAGGGCCUAGACUCCGACGGCGAUUCCACCGCGGACCCAGACUCGCCCGCCACGCCCUCCAGCAGCACGGGCGCAUCCUUCCGCGUCCACUCCAGACACCUAUCGUACAACUCCUCCCCGCUCAGCUCGCCGGGCUUGCCCCCGCCCCUGAACAGGGAAAUGACGCUCCGCAUGACGCUCACGCGCCCGGAUCUGCGCGCCGACGACGACGUGCUGUAUGGCUGGCAGACUGCGCUGCCUAAGGCGGGGAAAGAUGAUCCCCUUGCGCUGGAGGAUUUGGUGCUUACGGAUGAUAUGACGGGGACGACGGGCGCGUUUUAUGUUAAGCCUAAGCCGAAGGGGAAUCUUGUCGCAAGGUUGUUGAAGCGCGCUAGUUUGAAGGCGCGGUGAGAUGGGAUGUGUGUGGGUUCGUGCGGAUGUGGGUGGAUUGACGACGGUGGGAGAUCUAACACCCUCAAAUCCCAGUAUUCUGGAAGUUGGGAGGGAGGGAGCUGUCACGGUCUUUGUGGGUAAGCAACUUUCCACCUCCUUUUUUCUUUCUCUUUCCUUUCUUUCUUUCUCAUGUCCUCUUUGUUCUCCAUUUCGACACCGCGUGCCAGCGAGCGAACGAGCGAGUCUAUUGCAUUUUAGCGGGUGAUUUUUAGCUACGACGACGACAAUGACAACGAUGACGAUGAGGGUUGUGAUGUGUCCUGUACGAUAGAAUGGGGGAGGGGGUAUAUGCAUGGAUCGGCGUAUUUUGUUUGUUUUGUUUAUUCGAUCUGAUUUGAUCUGGUUCGUCGAGAGGUAGGGGUGGUGGUGUAGUAGUAUGGAGCACACAAGAUGUGCGAGUGAAAUUGCAUAUACUCGGUCUUGUUUAGUAGAUAUGAAGAUUUUAUGCUCUGA